CACUCGUAUCAUGUGCCACUCCACUCCAAGGCAAGCUCACACUCCCACACCACACCCACGAAGCAUCCAAACUGAGCUCGGCAAUGCCGUCCAAUCCUCCAAGCUUCACUUGAGUUGACGCUGGCCAACACCAACGAGGAUAAACCUGCAGCUAGCUAGAGCCAGAGACGGAGGAAGAAGAAGCUCCGUCGCCGCCGAUCGGAUCAAUGAAGAGAGGAGGGUGCGAGGUGGAGGCCGGCGGCAUCAACCACCACAUCACCGUCUCCAGCCGGCCUCACCCUCUCAAGAUAUGGAGCAGGCCCGACGACCUCCUGCUCGACGCCGCCCCUGCCGUUCCAGGCGACGCUCCUCCUAGCAGCAUGAGCGGCAGCAGCCGGUGCCGCCUCGUCCUCCGCAACGUCGCCUGCCGCGCCCGCCCCGGCGAGCUCCUCGCCAUCGUCGGCCCCAGCGGCGCCGGCAAGUCCACGCUCCUCGAGGUCCUCUCCGGCCGCCUCCACCCCUCCAACAGCGGCCACCUCCGCGUCAACGGCACCCCCGUCGACGCCGCCGCCCUGCGCCGCCUCUGCGGCUACGUCACCCAGCAAGACGUCCUCUUCCCGCUCCUCACCGUCCGCGAGACGCUCCACUUCAGCGCCCGCCUCCGCCUCGGCCCCGCCGCCUACGCCCCGGCCGCCGUCGACGCGCUCGUCUCCGACCUCGCGCUGUCCCGCGUGGCCGACGCCAGGGUCAAGGACCUCUCCGGCGGCGAGCGCCGGCGCGUGUCCAUCGGCGUGGAGGCCGUGCACGACCCCGCCGUGCUCAUCCUCGACGAGCCCACCUCCGGGCUCGACAGCGCGUCGGCGCUCCAGAUCGUCGCGGCGCUGCGCUCUAUGGCCGACUCGCCCCGUGGCCGCACCGUGGUGCUCAGCAUCCACCAGCCCGGCGCGCGCAUCGUCAAGAUGUUCGACGCCGUCCUUCUCCUAGCGGCAGGCUCCGUCCUCCACCACGGCAGCGUCGACGCGCUCGGAUCCCUACUCGCCGACGCCGGACUCCGCCUGCCGCCGCACGUGGACACCGUGGAGUUCGCCAUCGACUCGGUCGACGACCUCCGCGUCCACCUCCACCGGCACCAGCGCCGCGACCGGUGCACGCUGCAGCAGCUCUUCCACCAGCACAAGCUAAUACAGGCCGCCACCGACGACGACGACGAUAACAGCAGCCACGGGUACGCCAACUCGUGGCCGCGCGAGGUGGCGGUGCUGUCGCAGCGCUUCUUCAAGAACGUGGCGCGGACGCGGCAGCUCUUCGCGUGCCGCACCGUGUGCAUGCUCAUCGCCGGCCUCGCCCUCGGCUCCAUCUUCUACGACCUGGGCGACGACAAGGCGGCGGAGCGGGUCGGCCUCUUCGCCUUCCUCCUCACCUUCCUCCUCUCCUCCACCACCGAGGCGCUCCCGGUGUUCCUGCAGGAGCGCGAGAUCCUGGCCAAGGAGACAUCCUCGGGCGCCUACCGCGUAUCCGCCUACGCCGUCGCCAACGCCGCCGUGUUCCUGCCGUUCCAGCUGGUGCUGGCGGCGGUGUUCGCGACGCCGGCGUACUGGCUGACGGGGCUGCGGCGGACGGCGCCGGCGUUCGGGUACUUCGUGCUGCUCAUCUGGCUGGUGCUGUACACGGCAAACUCGGUGGUGGUGUGCUUCGCGGCGGUGGCACCGGACUUCGUGGUGGGGAACGCGGCCAUCCAGGGCGUGAUGGGUUCUUUCUUCCUCUUCUCCGGCUACUUCAUCACCAAGUCCGCCAUGCCGGCCUACUGGGUGCCCAUGCACUACCUGUCGCUGUUCAAGUGGCCGUUCGAGGCGAUGCUGCUGAACGAGUUCGGAGGGAGGUGCGUGGCCAGGGCGAUGGGCGUGUGCGUGGCGACCGGCGACGAGGUGCUCCGGCGGGAGGGGAUCGGGGAGGAGUGCAGGUGGAGGAACGUGGGGGUCAUGCUGGGCUUCGUCGUCUUCUACAGGGUGCUCGGCUACGCCGUGCUCAGGGUCAGGUGCGCCCUCACGCUCAAGGGCGCCGCCGCACGAUCAGCAUUAUCCUCCUCCUCGCCGUCUUGCUUCUCAUCUAAUCCCAAACCAUGA